AUGCGAAAGUUGGAAUGGGACGACAUGGGAGUGAAGGUUGAUCGUCGGCAGCUACAACAUUUGCGCUUUGCUGAUGACAUCGUACUGAUAACACCUAGCAUCAGUCAUGCGGAACGAAUGCUGACCGAAUUCGACGAAACAUGUGGAUGCAUCGGUCUUCAGCUGAAUCUGCAAAAGACGAUGUUCACGCGGAACGGAUGUGUCUCGGAUGCCCCAUUCACGCACAACGGAGCAAACAUAUCCCAAUGCACCAGCUACGUUUAUCUGGGUCGGAUAUUGAACAUGAUGUACGACCUGACAUCGGAGCUAGGCAGGAGGAGAAGAGGCUUGGGGAACGUACAAGAGCAUCGAGGAUGUAGUGAAGAAGACCAGGAACACCCGGCUCCGUGCUCACCUCUUCAACAUCACCGUACUUCCUGCUUUGACCUAUGCUUCGGAAAGCUGGGCAUUUCGCAACCAGGAAGAAAACGCAGUGAGCGUCAUUGA